UACAUUGCAAAUACAAGCCCUGAGCAGAAUAAAACGGGAACGGGACGCAAGAAUGAGAUGAAAAAAGACAGAAGAUAUUUUUCUUUUCUAUCACAUGCUUACGUUAACGAUUAUUAUUUUACUUUGCUUUGGGCAAAAUAUCUCACACUCUACCCUUAAAGGCCAGUCCCAUGUCGGCGAAAAACGUCAAAGCGUUGAAGCGUCGGCGUUAAAAUAUGUCAGUUAACGAGACUUACGUUACGUUUAAGUUCCGUUCAAGAGUGCUAUUGUGGACUCAACCUUACAAUUGUAAAGUUGAUUUAAUUAGUCGAAGUUCUAGUGUUUAUUGUGGUUAGGUAUUACGUACUCGAAGAUAUUGUGCUUAGACCUUUAACUGAGUUCUUUGGAAACGCGUUUAGAAUUGUGAAGGUCAAACAUCACUGAAUGUGAUAUUUUAAAGAUUUCAAAACAUCGCUAUAAUAAACACUGCAGUUUCGAAAAGCCGAUUGGAAAUAUUUUGCAGUCUUUAAGUGGCUCAAAACACGUCGCCGAAAGAAAAGUGAAAUCUUCCCGAAAUUUCCUAAUUCAAUUUAAGAGUUCUAAAUAGUUAACCUCGAAUUAACCUAUAAAUUCAAUAUUUCGCUUUCCUCCGCAUCUUGGGCCAAAAUAUAGACAUAUUAUUGUCUUGGAUCCUAUAUUUACGUUCAAUGUACAACAUUGCAGUGCUAUAUUUAAAAAGAAAUGAAUAACAAUAAUACACAGUGCCGGGCAUUUCGUAACCAUAUAUGGGAUGAUUACCGGUAUGAUAUUCAUAGCCACACAGCCACCGCUACAUACUAUGUAUGCAUAAACUAUAAAAAUGGUACAUGUCCCGGAAGAGGCGUGAAAAAGAACGAUGAAUUUGAAGUAACCACAGCACAUAAUCAUCGACCAAAUAGAGGCGAACUAAAAGAGAGAUUGUUUAAACAAAACUUAUAUGUUAAUGUAUCAACGCGAGAUGGCAAUUAUAGACAAAUUUAUGACGAAGUUCGACUAUCUCAUCCCGAAGGAGCAAGAAACUGGCCUUUUGCAAGGUGUGAAAAUACCAUGUACAAAUGGAGACAAAAAAAUAGUCCGCAGCCAGUAAAUUGUUUUUCCGAUUACGUAAACGUUAUCAACUCAAAUGAAUGGAAACAUUUAAAAGAUUAUGACACGGGUUCAUUAAAUGUUUCUUUGGCCACUACUAAUGAUUUGUCAAAAUCUAUAGUGAUUGUUGAUCCCGAGUUUGUUCAACAUUUGGGCAUAAAUGGAUUUGUUUUUCUGGAUGGCACAUUUAAGAGUGUACCCUGUCUGAUUAACGGGUUACAAUUAAUUACGCUAAUUACAAUUCGAUACAACCAUGCAAUCCCUUUUGCUUGGAUUUUAAUGGAAAGAAAAACCACUCAGGCAUAUGUAGCAGCUUUUGAAAAAUUAAGAAAUUUAUUGCCUGGAUUUCGAAUCAGUGAAGCCAUGAUAGACUUUGAAGCAGCUUUACGUAAUGCUCUAAGGCUGGUAUUUCCAGGAGUAAUCAUUUAUGGAUGUCAUUUUCAUUAUUGUCAGGCGCUGUAUAGAAAAGCUAUCAAGCUUGGGUUCAAAGUAUUUUUACGUCAAAAUAAUGAAGCUAAAUUCUUGUUACGCCAACUUAUGGCGUUGGCAUUUUUACCGUCGAAUGAAAUAAUUGCUACAUUUCACGAAAUUGUUGACUCAUUGCCUCCGCGAAUACGACAGAAGAUGAAAGAAUUUUUGAAGUACUACAAAAAAGAGUGGUUACAGAAAGUAACCCCUGAUCUUUUCUGCGUUUAUCAACUGAUUAGAAGGACAAAUAAUGUCCUAGAGUCCUACAAUCGUACGCUGCAGCAGAAAAUAGGAAUUCACCCACAAAUUUGGAAAUUUACGAGAAAUCUUGUCCAUCUGCAACAAAGCUUGAGAUAUGAUUUCGUGUCUCUACAACGUGGACACAGAGUUAGCAGGGUCAAAAAAGUUCAUGACAGAAAAAAAGAAGAACUUUUAAGAAUCGCUUGGGACAAACUCAGUAAAGAGAAUCGUCCUACAUCAUUUGAAUUUUUGAAUGAAGUUAUUGCAAUUUGCAUUAAUCCCGUAUUGGAAUACUUCAACACUUUCCAUGUGUAAUAAAUUGUUUAAAAAUUAAAAUAAGAGAAAAGGUUGUCAUCAAGUACAUAUUAUACCAUUUAUGUCCUUCAAUACUUUUUUUUUUAUUCAUUUAUAAUAAUAUUAAAAAUUUUUGUUAAUAAACCUAAAUGUUUAAAAUAAAAAAGGACUUGAUAAACUUAACCAUGGCGUCCGCAAAAUCUUGUUUAGAAACAAGACUAAUACAGGUAUACAAGAUUUUUUUAUAUGAUAUCGGAGUAGUUUCCGAUGUAUUUGUGUGCGCUGAAUAUGAUCCGGGGUUCCAAAAUUGCGUAUCACGUGAGAAUUUUGAGAAAAGUUUGGUUUCAAACACGUUUCAAAAAACGUGUUUUUCAGGGUUAUCAUUAUUUUUGUUCUCCUAAACCUGACGUGCUGGAGACUUCUAAUUAGGCAUAAUUUAAAGCUUAAAUUGUACACUACAGAACUCAUAUCCGUAAAACUGAAAAAAAUUACAGUCAAAAAACAGACUUAAAGCAGUUAAAGCCACCAAAAAACAAGUUUUUAGGGGUUUCCAAUAAUUUUUUUCUUCUAAAUCUGACGUGCUAGAAACUUCUAAAUAAGCUUAAUUUAAAACUUCAAUCACACACUACAAUACCCAUAUCCGUAAUACUUUAAAUUAAAUUUCAAAACCUUUUGAAAAGUUUUUUUUGAAAGUGCCGAAGAAAAAAGUUUUUUGGUCACUUGAAGUCCAUUUUUUGAAAAAAAAAUGUAAUUCUCUUAGAGUCUUACGGAUGUGGGUUUUGUAGUGUAGGAUUUAAGUUUUAAUUUAAGCUAAAUUAGAAAUUUACAAACACUUCAGAUUUAGGAGAAAAAAAAUUUUAAAACGCAAUAUACCUAAACUUUAAUAAUAUAUAAUGAUAUAAGAAAAUGGGUCAGAAUUUUCCAAACGGAUCAGGUUAAACUGAAUAAAUUUUUAUAAAAAAAAUAACUUUUUGU